CUACUUGAGUUUUCGUUAUUUUGAUCUCUACCGUCCCUUCAUUCGCUUUUAAGAUUCCAAGGAAACAGUUAUAUCUUGGAGCAUUGGCAAAAGAGGUUUGUCUGCUCUUAUUUAAACUAUCGUGUAUGCCUACAACUUUGACAGAAGAUAAGGGACCUCUGAGAUAUUUUUGACCUUGCCUUUUUGCACUGCAGCUGCAUAUGAGAUAUUAAAUCUCCUAACGUAAUGGAAAAAUUCCAGCUUGCACUCUCGCAUUUAGAUAUGACUUCACUGUGUGCAAGAAACAAAUCUCCUGAGGAAGAGGAGGGCCUGGCUGAAGAAAAAUGUCUUGCCCAAGAUGACAACAACGACGUUUCAACUUCCGGUUCUAACAACGAAGAGGAAACUAAGGAGGACGACCUAAGAUCUUUUAAAAACAGUCGUCUUGAGGGGAAAAGUCAACCGACAGAGCCAUCUAAGGAUGACAAGGAUUCUGAUCAACUUCAACGCGAAAGUGGAUCUAAACAAUUUAAUGAGAUUAAAGGGGCACCUAGUUUGCUUGAAGACAUGCGGGUAAUCAGAACCGCUGAAAACGAGGACGUCAAGAUUAAGAGUCCAUCCUGUACCGUAGUCGUCUCUUCAAAAGAUGAAGUGGUCGCUGAUACAAGUUCCGCCAAGAGACUAUCCGAAUUCGAAAGUGACAGUCUUGAAGGAAAGUACAUUAUGAAGCUUGAAAGAAGAUUAGGUUGCCUUGAAAACCUGAUACCCCAGUACCACUCACGUUUUGAAGAAGAUGCAAUCUUCAAACAAAAGUUGCAGGAGAAGAUACAGCAGCUUAGAGAGGAAGGCGAAAUCUUCAAACAAAAAAUGGAGGAGAAGAUUCAACAGCUUGAAUCAAAACUAGAUGAAAAGGAUCAUUACAAGGAGGACGUGCAAAAGACCACUAAACAAGCUGCAAAAUCAGGGAAAAUGGCCCAACCUCGGGAAAAGACGGAAACGGAAAUGAAUCUGCAGUGCCACUCACAGUUGAAAGGUUUGGCUAAAAUGAAGGCGGCAGACCAAGACCUUUAGCGAUUGAAAGAAGUGGAUAGCGGUG